AGCUCUAGGUUCCUGCAGGGGACACUGCUGCUUAAACAUUGACUGAUCCUGUUGAAGAGAACCAGUUAAAUAAAAGACUCUUAAAAAGCUUUAUGCAGCGCUAGCAAAUAUUCCCUUAGCUAGGCAUUGCAUGAGAUUUUGCUUAAUUUCUUAAAGACUUUUAAAAAUAUGUCAUAAUAAAUGUUUUAAAGUGCUUAUUAAAGAAGAGUUUAUUUUGUUAAUACUCUUGUUAACUCUCAUCCUUUCAUCACCCAGUGACAGAAGGAAAUUGCUGCUAAUAAAGGUCAGCGUCUAUGUUCAGAAGAACUUUAUAAAACAUCUCUGUGAAUUAGAGCAUGCUUUAAUGCAUUUAUUCCAACUGAUUUUGUUAAAGGCUUCUACUUUUUCUCUUAUACGGCUUUGUCUUGUUUAAAAUGAGAAGUUCAUUUAAGGCUAAAAGAGGCAACAAGUUGCCACUUUAAAUUGCAUAUUCUAUAGAGUUUGGGUCCUACAGAGUUGUUUUACAUGAAGUAGAGUAUGACUCAUGCUAAUGGAAAGGGCAAAGAAGACUUUUUAAAAGAAAUAUAUCACACUUAAAUUAGUUUAGACAGCAUGACAUCAGAGAGUAAUUAAAUAGGUUUUUGUUGGAAUUCCGCUUCCAAUUCCUGAGUUCAGGUUUGUAAAAGAUUUCUGAGCACCUGCAGGUUUCUGUGUGUGAAAUAUUUUCACUGGAAGGGAUUCAAAACUUUUUAAAAAACCUUUUAAUACAGAGGCAGCAUUACGCCAUUCUUCCUUCUUGGAAAAAAAACCCUCUCCGAUUUAAACAAGAGUCCUUCAAGUUUUUAGUCACUUUUACAGAAGAAAGGGGGGUGGUAAACUUUCUCUUUUCAAGAACAAGCUGCUAGCAGAAACCAGGAGAAGACCAAAUUGACUAAAUUAGCAUUUCCACUAUGGGACUGGAUACAAAUAUUAAACAAGCAGAUUUAAAGUGCUUUAAGCUGAAAAUAAAACGCUUUCUGCUGACUUUGGUUCUUAAUUUUUUUCAUGCUUUCUUAUGCCAAACUGGAGGAACCUUUUCUGAUUUUUUCUUUGGUGGCAUUCAAAGGAAGACCAGAGGAUGAAAAUCCUGCACUUUCUUACUUUACUGCUUUGGCACUUUAGCUGGUUUUACCUCGUUCUCAUUUCCUUAGCGCUGAGUCCUGCUGAAGCAAGUCAAGGCAAUCCAGGAUCCAAAUUAGGAUUGUCAAACAUAGAUGGAAAAGAGAGAAACCCCUUGCCAAGGGCAGGUACAUUUAGAACGGGAAACCAUGGAUAUAGUACUGGGAAUUCAAAGUCUAGGGCAAAAAAUAAUAAUGCGCAAGCCGGAGUUCUCUUGGCAAAGACUGAUGAGUCAAAGAAGACUCUCUCUAAAGCAGGGAGCACAGACAAAAAGGUAGGAGUUCAAUCUUCAAAUAGACAAUCAGGAAUAAGGACGGUGACCCCGAAGCUACCGAACUUUGGCCCCAAGGCCCCACUGAAGAAAACCGGUACCAGCAAUUCAGAUGCCAGCUCCUACAAAACCAAAAAGACUAAAGAAGCUAUUGCCCAAAGGGAAUCUAAGGAGGCAUUCAGGCAUCCUGCGAUCACCCCACAUGAAUACAUGCUCUCCCUGUACAGGACUCUUUCUGAUGCAGAACGGAAAGGUGUUAAUGGAAGCGUAAAACUGGAGACUGGGCUUGCCAAUACAAUUACAAGCUUCAUAGACAAGGGGCAAGAUGACCGUGCUCCAGCUGUUAAAAAGCAGAAAUACAUUUUUGAUAUCAGUGCAUUAGAAAAAGAUGGCUUACUGGGGGCAGAACUGCGUAUUUUAAGGAAAAAACCUUCUGACAACUGGAAGCCUACUUCUCAUGGGAAAACAUGUCAAAUGAAACUAUUCAGUUGCUCCACAAGCAGACAAGCAUCCAUCCUCUUGGACUCUCGGACAGUCAACAUCUUAGAUACCGCAAAAUGGGAAGUCUUUGACAUUUGGAAGCUUUUUAGGAAUUUUAAAAACUCUGCUAACUUGUGUUUUGAACUGGAGGCUUUUGAAAGGGGAAGGCCUGUUGAUUUAAGGACUGUGGGAUUUAACAGAACAGGGAGGCAAGUCAAUGAAAAAGCUCUCUUCUUAGUAUUUGGUAGGACAAAGAAAAGAGACUUGUUCUUCAAUGAAAUAAAAGCCAGAUCUGGCCAGGAUGACAAAACUGUUUAUGAAUACCUAUUCAAUCAGAGAAGAAAGAGACGGGCUCCUCUAGCAACUCGGCAAGGAAAGAGGCCCAACAAGAAUCUGAAGACAAGAUGCAGCAAAAAAGCACUUCAUGUGAAUUUUAAGGAUAUGGGCUGGGAUGACUGGAUAAUAGCCCCUCUUGAAUAUGAAGCUUAUCAUUGUGAAGGACUUUGCGAAUUUCCUCUUCGAUCCCAUCUGGAACCCACCAACCAUGCUGUUAUCCAAACGUUAAUGAACUCUAUGGACCCAGAGUCGACACCUCCAACUUGUUGUGUUCCGACAAGACUGAGUCCUAUUAGCAUCCUCUUUAUUGACUCUGCUAAUAAUGUAGUCUACAAACAAUAUGAAGACAUGGUAGUGGAGUCAUGCGGCUGUAGGUAGCAGCAGCGCAAUCUCUCACAGUACUAACUGCAAAGCCUUUCCUAGCAGUUGACAAAAAUGAACUGACACAGAUCAGCACUGUGAUAUCACUCAGAGUGGUUUGCGCUGAUCGAUAGCUGUUGUGGCAUCUGUCACAAGCAAUGCAUUGGUUGGCAAUUAAUGCAAGCCUGUUUUGCUCUGCUGCCUCUCAAUUGCAGCACCCUACUAUCAGAGUUCAGCGGCAUGGAGGACUGUGUAAUAUUGCAUACCCUAUGGUGGCUGAAAUUCUGUUUGUGGUGAUACAUUGUUCAGUUGUUCCCUGCCAUACAUCAAACCAUGCCUCCAUCAUGCUUCUUGUCUGUCCUGUUCAACACUAAUUAGCAAUUGUAUGCAAUGCUGUUGUGCCACAUUCGGAGAGGCUCACAGCUGCCAACACAGCAGCUUGAAAUAUGCUGAAGUAGCCAUUUUAAGUCUUGGAUCAGCUCAUGGUGCCAAACCAUAGAAAAUGUUGUUGCAUCAGUGCAGCAUCUGUUGCACUGCACCUUAAAUGCUUGUACUAGUGAUGCGACUCAUAGGACCAAGCUGUAUGUUUUCUAAUAGCUAGAAUAGAUUUAUAGAAGAAGUGACAUGAAAAAUCUACUGAAAUGUAAUUGUUUUUGUAUCUACCUUUUGGACUCAUUCCAACACUAAUUUAUUACUUCCAGACUCUGUUCUAGUUCAAGACACUUUGCUCUCUGGAGCAGAGCUUCAAAUGGUGCUCCAGAUACUAGAGUCAACACUUCUGAAAGUCUCACUGCGAAAUGCAGAUGUCAG